UUCUAUUUUGUACAUACAUUGUUUUGUAUAUACUGUAUAUGAUGACCUCGUUGGGCAGCGAACGUGCCCGGGGCGCUCGGGACAAAGUGCUGCCCACAACCACACAGACCACACAGCCACAGAAACAGCUACAGGCUACAGCUGAACAGAUCCGACUUGCUCAGAUGAUCUAUGACAAGAACGACGCAGACUUCGAGGACAAAGUCAAACAGCUGAUGGAGGUGACGGGGAAGAACCAGGAUGAAUGCAUGGUUGCUCUCCACGACUGUAACGAGGAUGUUAACAGAGCCAUCAACUUUCUGCUGGAGGGGACCUCUGACACGACCUCUUGGGAAACUGUCGGCAAGAAAAAGAGUCUUGGGAAGGAUGCUACCUCGACAGAGAGUAAGGAGAACAAGGAGAAUCGGGAGAAGAGAGGAGAGAGGGAGAGUAGCAAGGGUCGUGGAGGAGCCAGCCGUCGGGGCAGAGGGGCCAGCCGUAACCGGCCAGCACGGUCUGAGGAGAACGGGGUGGACGCUGGUCCUGCAGAGAGAGGAGCUGACCGUGGCCGUAGAGGGAGAGGGAGAGUGUCCGGAGGCAGAGGAAGGGGUCGAGCUCCAGGGACCAGCAGGUUUACAGCACAGGGAAUGGGGACCUUUAACCCGGCAGACUACACUACGGACAGUGGCACAACCAACUCACACGCUGACGUAUGGGAAACGGGGGCCAGUGACACCACAGAUGGAACAGUGGCGUGGCGGAACACUCUGGAAGACUGGGCAGCUGAAGACUGGACUGAGGACGUGAGCCUUUCAGAGACCAAAGUGUUCACUUCCUCAUGUGCACCUGCUGCAGAGAACCACAUCACACCUGGCCAAAGUUUGGACCUGGCUUCUCUGCUGCAGAAACCUGCAAACAGGGAGGAGUUGGGAGGCCUGAAGCCGCCCUCCCCUCAGGGCCUGGGGCACAGCUUGGUCUUCACCAACUCCCACCAUCAGCCCACCCGCAACGGGGGCACCACCACGGGCACUACCAGCUAUGCGCAUGCCACUCUGUCCUCAGUCCUGGGAUCUGGUUUUGGAGACCUAAGUGGGCCAAAGCUGGGUACGUCUGCUGGGGCACAAAUACUGGAACAACUGAAGGGACCAGGUCUAGGGCAGCUUACCUCCCAACCACCCAGCACAGGGGCCAACUGUACUCCCGUUGGGGGAUUGGCGGGGUCAGGGAUGUCUGUCCCCUCCUCUUCCUGGGACAUCAAACCUCCCGGAACACAGAGCUCUGCCUCUCUGCCCUCCCAGUUUAGCCGGGAGUUUAAGAUUCAGCCAGAGCCUUCUUUGGUGCUAAGUCAGUUGGCUCAGAGGCAGCAGAGCUCUCUGUCCCAUACGGGGCCUCUGCCGCUGGCCAGGCAGCCCAGCCCUCCCCCUCUGAACGCCCCCUCGCCUGCCUCAGGCACACUGGAACCUUUCCCUAAACCGCAGGAGCCCACUCAGCACCGUGAAGGGCCAUCCUUGGCCCCCAGCCAGACUGACUCUCAGGGCAGCACCACGCAGCAACGGCAGAUGAAGACACAGAAACGAAGGAUACCUCCAACUUCCAAGAUUCCCGCUUCUGCGGUGGAGAUGCCAGGCUCCGCAGACGUGUCUGGGCUCAACGUACAGUUUGGGGCUCUGGAUUUCGGCUCGGAGUCGGCCCUGCCGGACUUCGGUCAGCCGGAGAACUGCAACAGUGACUCUGCCCGAGAACCCGCUCCAGUUCCCCAGACGCAGAGCAGUCUCUAUUCCAAACCCAUCAGUGAAUCUCUGGCCAAUCCAGUCCCAUUACUGCUGCCUAUGGCCUCAACUGACACCAUCUACCCUUCUCCCUCUGUGCCCCUCCCAAGCCUGGCCCCCUCCCUGACCACACCCAGCUCUGCCGCAGCCCCCUCCUCUUCCUCCUCCUCUUCAUCCUCGGCUGCUUCCUCUGCAGGGAACAGCUUUGACUGUGGAGUGGCUCCUCACUCAAGACUGACUUUCUCCCAGAGUAAAGAACCUUCUGGACCUGUAACAAACGGUUUUAAUGGUGUAAGAACCUCUGCUGCUCUUGACUCCACGUCAACCUCUUCCACUCCAAAGCCAGAGUCUCCCUCUCUGAGUAGCAGUACAAGUGUAGCCCCGUCUGCUCCCUCUGCUCUCUUGCCCCCCUCUGCAACCUCACACAGCUCGGCUCUGCCCAGCCUGGCUCCAGAGCUGCCCUCUGCCACCCUGCCGCCCCUCAACAGCCACGUGAGCAGUGGCCACUCUUCCGUAUCAGCACUUGGCACGAGUUCCUCACUCACAUACACAAGUGUGGACAGUGUGAGUUCUCUGGCCCCCUCGUCGGCGCCGUUCUCCUCUGCGCCGGCCGCAGCCCUGCCCAGCAGCAGCGCGAGCAGUGCGGUCAGCGGGAGCAGUAACAGCCUGCAUGGCACCGGAGCUCUGGGGCUCAGUGGAAACGGCACCAACGCACCCUCAGCCUGCAGGACUGCUCCUCUGCUCUCUUCCUCCACUGGCAAAGCUCCUCCUAACCUGUCUCAAGGAGUGCCACCAUUGCUGCCCAACCAGUAUAUCAUGGGUCCAGGAGGCCUGCUGCCUGCCUACCCGCAGAUUUAUGGCUAUGAGGACCUGCACAUGUUGCAGUCCAGACUACCUAUGGAUUACUAUGGAAUCACAUUCCCUGGUCCCACUGCAACACUGUCGAGCAGAGACGGGAGCCUCGCCAAUAAUCCUUACUCAGGUGAAGUCACAAAGUUUGGCAGGGGCGACUCCACCUCCCCUGCCCCUCCCACCAGCCUGUCGGCGGCCCACGCCCCCCAGGCGCCGCAGCCCCCGCAGGCCCAAAGCCAAGCUCAGAGCCAGCCUCAGCCCCAGUCUCACCACAACACCCAGCAGGCGUUCCUAAACCCCGCCCUGCCGCCCGGGUACAGCUACACGGGCCUGCCCUACUACCCGGGCAUGCCAGGGGUGCCCAGCGCUUUCCAGUACGGCCCCACCAUGUUCGUCCCCCCAGCUUCAGCCAAGCAACAUGGCAUGGGCCUCAGCAACCCCUCCACUCCAUUCCAGCAGCCCAGCGGCUACGGCCAGCACACUUUCAGCUCAGGGUAUGAUGACCUGACACAAGGUCCUGCAGGAGCCGAGUACAGCAAAGGGUACAGCAAUUCCUCUCAAACACAGGCCAAAUCAGCUGCCUCUGGCCCAGGGAAAGGUGUCUCUGUGACGUCUAGUAACUCUGGUGUGCCAGAUAUCAGUGGAACUGUUUACAAUAAGACUCAAUCCUUCGAUAAGCAGGGUUUCCAUGCUGGCACUCCCCCACCCUUCAAUCUGCCCUCGGCUCUGGGGGGCACAGGGCCGCUGACCCCCGGCGGUGCCCCCGGUUACGCCCCGGCGCCGUUCCUCCACAUCCUGCCCGCCCAUCAGCAGCCUCACUCUCAGCUGCUGCACCAUCACCUCACCCAGGAUGGACAGGGUGGUCCGAGCCAGCGCAGCCAGUCGAGCAGCAUGCAGCAGAAGACCCAGGUCAACAAAUCCAGCUACGGCAGCUCCCCUUACUGGGGCAACUGAGAUCAUAGCACGCUACCCAACAUCAGACUGAUCAGAGCAG